ACUAUAUGGACAAAGUACCACCGAAAGCUAAUUAGCAAAACCCCUCAAAGCACUUCCAUUUCAUUUCACUUAGUCAAAAGAAAAAGCUAAGCCAAGAACAGGUCCAUUCAAAAUCAUAAUUAUCAGACCAACAAAUUUUAACUAUAUAUCUAUAACCCACCCAAAUCCCAUACCUCUAAUCCCCACCACCAUGCAGCCGGAGAAUCCGGACCUCUACCAGUUUCUGGCCGACAACGGCUUAAUCAACGUCGUGAGUCCUUAUAACUUUCCGGCACCGGGCGGUGGUUCCGGCGAACAUCAUAAUAAUCAUCAGUUCUCGUCGAUGCAAAGCUUUUGUAGCUCAUCCUCUUAUUACCCAUAUUCUAAGGGUUCGACCGGAACUUGCAGCGACAGCAAUACGACUUCUCCUCACGACAGAGCUCUUGUCGCUUUGAAAAAUCACAAGGAGGCUGAGAAGAGAAGGAGAGAGAGGAUUAACUCUCAUCUUGAUAAGCUCAGAAGCCUUCUUCCUUGUAAUUCCAAGACAGACAAAGCUUCUCUCCUAGCAAAAGUAGUUCAACGAGUGAAAGAGCUUAAAGAGCAAACAUCUGAGUUGACCGAACUGGAAAGCUUCCCAUCUGAAACAGACGAGAUCACAGUGCUUUCUUCUGGAAAUUAUUCGGGUACAGCAGGUGGGGAAGGGCAGCUUAUAUUCAAGGCUUCAUUAUGUUGUGAAGACCGGUCAGAUCUCAUACCUGACCUAAUCGAAAUACUAAAGUCCCUCCAUUUGAAGACACUCAAAGUUGAAAUGGCCACACUUGGUGGCAGAAUUCGUAAUGUUCUAAUAGUGGCUGCUGAUAAAGAACACAGCAUUGAGUCUGUCCAUUUCUUACAGAAUGCUUUGAAGUCUCUUCUUGAACGAUCCAAUUCCUCUGAAAGAUCCAAAAGAAGGCGUGGACUAGAACGCAAAAUAGUCAUCUAAUAAUUACAAAAAUAUAUUCUACUUAUAUAUAAUUAUUAAUUAGUUAAUAUAGUACGUAGUCUUUAUAAUUAUCAUGUUUCGUUUUUCAAAUGUCUUAAUUAAUUAUGUUGGUCGCGUUUGAAACUAAUGUGUGAGAGUUUUUAAUUUUAGUUGGUGUAAAAUGAAGAAGAAAAAAAAUAGAGGGAAGUACUUACAUUUAUAUAUAUUGUUGUAUUUGGGGGUGUGAUUGGUUCAUCCAUCUAGUUUUAGGGUUUAGAUUCAGAUUUUAUUGUAUUGCAUUUGGGUUAACAAGCUGCCAAGCACAAAGUGACAUAUUUCAAUAUCUA